GAAUACCGGGCGGGAAACCAAAAAAAAAACAAAUGGCAAAAAAUAAUAAUGAUAAUAAUAAUAAUUAAUACUCACUUUGAUGAAUCCCUAUGGACUCAUAGCAAUCCCAAACGCAGAGCACGCUACAAAGAAGAUGAUGCAUCCGUUUGUUGCUGAAAGCGUGGAGAAGCUAUGGGAUACAUGGAAUAUCAGAGGACUGAUUAUUCUAAGCCUCUUGGUUCAGUCCUUUCUAAUUCUUUGUGCACCGUUAAGGAGACAAAGAAGGAAUACAUGGCUCGGGAUUUCGAUUUGGUUGGCAUACUUGCUUGCAGACUGGGUUGCUACAUUUACUAUUGGACUCAUGUUGUCCGCCGAAGUAAGUGACAUCCUAGCCUUUUGGGCACCCUUUCUUUUGUUGCAUCUUGGUGGCCCGGACACCAUUACGUCCUUCUCUCUAGAGGAUAAUGAGUUUUGGAUCAGACACUUGCUUGGGCUUAUGUUACAAGUUGGUUCAACUGUCUACCUUGUCCUUCAAUCACUCCCAGAUAACAAGCUUUGGCUCCCAACUCUCCUAGUGUUAAUUGCAGGAAUAAUCAAAUAUGCAGAACGGAACCGUGCUUUUUAUCUUGCAAGCUUUGACCAUUUCAAAGUUAAGCAAAACAACCCCCAAGAACGAUGCUUUUCGUUACGAGAUUUCAAAGAAGACAAAGUGUGGCUCUUCAUUCUUGAAGAAGUGAAAAAAAAGGCUGAAUCCGCAAAGACGGUAGAACAGGGCAUCCAAAUUUCUUCAAAAAGAGGUGAUGGAAUUCUUGACAGCAGGAGAGAAUAUAGGGAUCUCAUCUGGAGCGUCAGGAAUUUAGAUUACAUGGAAAGCCUUCUAACCUGGCACAUAGCCACUGAAGUAUGCUUCCAAUUCAAAGAAUGCGCUGACGACCGACCUAUGUCAUCUGAGAAUAUGGAUUGCAGAGAGAUAUCCAAGUUGAUUUCGGAUUAUAUGUUUUGCGUUCUAAUGGGGCCCGCUAUAACAACCAACAAUCACCGGGCAAUCUUUUCAAAAGAGCGAGAGCCUGGUUGGUUGAAGCCUCCUGUCAGUGGAGAAAAGGUAUCUGCUUUUGUUUUUGCACGGAUCCUUGCCUUCCAGCUGAAGCAAUUGAGGUUUCCUUGGAAGAUAAUGAGCCAAGUUUGGGUGGAAAUAAUGUGCUAUGCUGCUAUUAAUUGCAGGCCAAAUGUGCAUGCACAGCAACCCCGUAGAGGUGGACAACUCCUCACUUUUGUUUGGUUGUUGAUGAAUUAUUUGGGUCUCGGAAGUCAGUUUGAAACUGAGCCUGAUGAUAUUGGAGAUUGGAAUGAGUCAACUAUUCCGAGUGAUAUUGGACAUGGGCAUGAGCCAACUAAUCCGAAUGAACUUUUACUUCUGCUGCUGUAUCAGCGUCGGUCCGUGGAAGACCCUAAAUUUUAAUAUGAGAGAGACCAGAUUCCAAAUUAGUAGACACUCAGAAGUAUGUAGCUUUUAAUUUGGCAUUUCAUUGUGUCAUAUAUCAUUAUUCAAUUGUUUUAUGCAUUGGAGCUUUGCUUUUAUGCAUGGUUCAAGUUCAAAAGAAUUGGAUACGGAUUUCUCUUUCUUUUAGAAGGUUCAUUCUAGGCAGAAGUGAAUAACAGAAUCAAACACCU